AUGAAGGCGACGCAGGGGAAAGUGUGUGCGGAAGGGAGAGUGAAGGGGCUCGAGAGGGGGCCAGGAGGAAUGAGGAGGGGAGGGAGGGAGCACAGCGCGGCCAGGCUGAACCGAGUGAACUGCAGCGGAGUGGACAACAGAGGGUGGCAGAGGGUGGCCCGUGUGAGGGGUCCCGGUCAAGGUAAAGAGCGAGAAGCAGGGCACAGACAAUGGAUGAGUGUGGCUUUGACAAUGGCUUAUCGACCCCAGACACCUCUCCAGCCCCCCUACUGCCCCCCCUUACUGCCCCGGGACCUCAACUCGGUGACAGGGCAGUGA